CAAAACUAUAUCUUACCAUGCAGUUGCAUAUACUCAUCAAAGUUCUCCUUUCUCACCAUCUGGUAUUUCCCGGUGAAGGACAUGGCUGAUUAGAGGAGCUUUGUCGGAGGACAAGAUGAGGAGCUCAAUGUGUCUCAGCAGACUGCUUGAACCUCGCCAGCUCCUGCUCUACAAUGUUCAAGGGAACGUAUGAAGUGGAGUCGGUGGAGAAGAGGGAUGAGUUCUGGGAGGCCUUAGGCUCAGGUAAACCCGAGACCAUGGAAAAGGUGACGGAGCUGUCUCAAACUGGAAUGGAAAUCACCUGGACUCGGCCCGAAGGUCCAAGAAACUGGACAAACAAGUUCACAAUUGGCAAGGAGUGCGAGCUCACCACCAGAAGAGGGUUAAUUUUCAAGGCUAUUCCCGCCUACAUGAUGGGGACUCUUAUCGUCCAGUUUCCAGCCUUCCUCUUUACAGCACAGAUAGUUGAAGGAAAGCUAAUUGAGACAUACACUGUACCUGGGGAGAAAGGAGUGACCAUGAAGAAAGUCAGCAUUCAAAUCUAAAGGCGUUGGUCUACAUUCUCACCACUAGGGGGCGGGUGUCUGAUGUCUCAAUGCUUGAUAUGUAAUUGAAACAGCGACAUCUAGCGCCUGUUCGGGUUGUAGGCUAGACGCUGAGAGAAUUAACUGUGCCGUAGCCAAAUAUUUUUGUGCUUAUUAACGGAAAACUCGAAAUAUAAUCAUCCCUGUUGUCAGCAAUCACAGCAUACAUUUUCUUUACUGCUUUACUACAAUAAAACCGCUCUGAAUAAAAAAU